CUUGAUGUAGUUUACUUCCUGAGUCGUUUGGGUCGAAUUGAGCAUCCUCAUCUUAUUCGAGUUAAUCAUCUCACUCGAAAUGGGGUUUAUCUGCGAGAUGUUAAAAAGUGGCUAGUAGAUGUACGAGGUAAAGAUAUGCCGGACGCCUUUGCUUGGUCCUACAAGAGGGGAUACAAGAGUGGUUAUGUCUGGCAAGACUUACUGGACGAUGAUCUUAUCACUCCAAUCUCUGACAAUGAAUAUUUUCUCAAGGGCUGUGAAACGAAUCCCUCUUCCCCAUUUGCUCUCCCAUCUUCAGAAAUAAUGAUCAACAUCAGCUUUCAUAUAAAGAAGAAAUUCAAGAUUCUACGGUACUCGAUUCCCCAACAAAGACCUCGUCUGAAAUUUACCAAGACUUGCCCCUCUGGCUCUGAGAGGCCAACUUUGACGGACAAUUCAUUACAAGAGCUACACGAAGAAGACAGAAACCGAAGAAACUUGCCAAAAUUAUUCUUCUUUUUAUUCAAGUCUGCUGAAUAAGAAGAAGACCAAGAACAAGACGACAAAUAACAUAAGCAACAACGACAUAGAAAUGACGUGUAAACCGGAUUCAUUAUUCUCAUCGUCCCAGCCAUGGUUUGCAAAGAGCAGGAGCUCCAAUAUGUUCCGCAAUUUGAUUAAAUGUAGUGCCGUUGAAACAAAUGACUCUGUUUUAGUCUCUGUUAACCGGACUGAAAAAUCUUGUUCAACCAAGUCCACUAUCACCACCCAUCCCGAUACUAUGGCUGCAGAGAUUUGUCAAGUAGAUAAACUAACUUUGAAUAGUGCCAGGAUUUUUGGCAGUCCAUGGAAUAAUCAACAAUACAGUUAUCACUACAUCAAAUUAAUUAAAA